UAAUUGGAAAAGUACAAGAAAAAGUUCAACUUAUUUAAAGAAAACAAUAAAAAAUUAAAAAAAGGGGGGAAAGAAAGUCUAUAAAAAGAGACGCUUGGGGAGAGCCUUGGGUCCACUUCCUUUCUUCUUCUUCUCUGAACAAAUACUUUUACUCAGUCUCACAUUUCUGAUCAGAGAAAUGGAUUCCAACGCGCUGCGUCGUUUCCAGAGCAUUGGUUUCCUUCUCCGUAUAGCGGAGAUCUUCGCCGCUCUUCUCUUCGUCUGUUGGAUUUUCACUUGCCUCCCUUUCGCCGCCGAGUUCCUCCGCCGUCUCUCUUCCGUCGUCUCCACUCCUCUCUUCAUGUUCUUCCUCGGGAACUCCAUCGUCGUCGCUCUUCUCACCACCACCAAAUCCACCGUCUUCUCCGGCGGAGCGGAAGCGGAUAUCCACCACGCGCUCAUCAGAUCCGGAGACAAUCGCGUCAGUUCUUCCGACGGAGAUCUGACCGGAGAGACGAUCUUCUUCGACGACAGACAGAUGAUCGACGCGGAAACCGAUUCAAAUUCAAAUCCAACGGCGGCGCGUGGUGAGCACGCGGCAACCGAACCGGAGAAACAGAUGAUGGACACGGAAACCGAUUUAAAUUCAAAUCCAACGGCGGCGCGUGGUGAUCACGCGGCCACCGAACCGGAGAAUGGCUCGGUUACUGUUACUGAUUUAGCGAACGAUCAUCCUCCUCCUCCAACGACGAAGGUUUACAAAAGAAGCAAAACGGAAAUCUCCGCGGAACAGAGUCCAGAGAUGGUGUCGAAACCCACGCUCCGGCGAUCGGAGACGGAGAAGGGCCGUGAAACCGUCGAGUCGUGCGAAGAAGCGCCGUUUCCGGAGGAUAAUCUGACGAACGAAGAGUUUCAGAAAACGAUCGAAGCAUUCAUCGCGAAACAGUUGAUAUUUCGUCGCCGAGAAUCUCUCGCCGUCGUUAUCCAUAACCAUAACUAAAUAAUAUCGAUAAAUAAAAUGUAGUAUCCCGACAUAAUUAUCUAUGUUGUUUGUAUCUUCGAGUUUUCGGACAAACAAGCACAGUUUUGUAAUAGAACGAUCGAUCGAUCUCAUUUUGUUUGUGCUAGUUUUCUGUAAUAUUGGAUCGGAUCAGAUUUGUUAAACGAUUCAGGAUGAAUAUGAACAGUGCUUAUCUUGUCUGUAUGUUUAGAUUUUUUUAUUUAAUUUAUGUUGGUCUA